CAUGAAGGCGCGACGGCUUCCGACAUUCACGCUCCUCGUGUCGCUCGCGAGCUCCCUCGCCUUCACUCCUGUUUUCCCCCACCGCGUCGCCCCCUUUCCUCGCUGUCCCGCGUGCUCCGCCUCCUUCUCCGCUCCCGCCCUUGCCACGCUGCGCCGAGUCUCCGCACGGCGCGGCGAGGUGGUCGUCGUCAAGUACGGUGGGCACGCGAUGACAAAUGACGCGCGGGCGGCCGAGUUCGCGGAGGACAUCGCGCUGCUGCAGUCUCUCGGGAUGCGUCCCGUCGUCGUGCAUGGUGGCGGCCCGCAGAUCAACGACAUGCUCGAGCGGCUCGACGUGACGUCGUCGUUCGUGCGCGGGCUGCGCGUGACGUCGCCAGAGGUGAUGGAGGUGGUCGAGAUGGUGCUGUGCGGGAAGCUGAACAAGGGGAUCUCCGCCGCCAUCAACGUCGCCGGCGGCCGCGCUGUCGGCCUCUCCGGCAAGGACGACUCGCUGGUGCUCGCGACGCAAAAGGACGAGGAGCUCGGCCUGGUGGGGUCGAUCCAGGCGGUGCGGGCGCCGCUGCUGCAACUCCUUCUCGACAAGGGGGUGGUGCCUGUGAUCGCGCCGGUCGCGACCGGCGCCGACGGCACCUCGUACAACGUCAACGCCGACACGAUGGCGGGCGCAAUCGCGAGCGCCCUCGGCGCAGCCAACCUGCUGCUGCUCACAGACGUGGAGGGUGUGCUGGACGCGGCGCCGCCCGAGGGGAAGCUCGUGCCUCUGCUGACGCCCGGCCAGGCGCAAGCGUUCUGCGACGAGGGCGUCGCCGUCGGCGGGAUGAUCCCGAAGCUCGGCACCGCCAUAGCCGCCGUUCACGGCGGCUGCGAGACGGCCGUGGUGAUGGACGGGCGCGUCCCCCACUGCGCGCUCGAGUUCCUCUUUGGCGACGCUCCCGUCGGCACCGCCAUCAGCGAGACGAGCGAGCGGGGAUGGGACGGGCCCUAAAGGGGCGCAGGAGGGGGUGGCCGGAGCGAGGCUGAGGCCACUUUUGUAGGCAUGCGGUCGGCACAUGAGAGAAACAAGCCUCCCCGCCUAAAACCCAAGAGUGCAGGAGAUCGAGCGCACAUAUACGAUAUACAAUGUGUUCAGUGUAGAACACGGUGAUUUUCGUACGGCUCUAAAGUAAGGCACUCUCAAAU